CGGCAAGGUUGCGCAGAGGUCGAGUGAGUCCAAAUGUGCGACGUCGCAGGCGGUGGAGCUCAAGUGCGUUGGUUGUGGAGUGAGGCGGAGGCGAUAAGAGAGACAACCGUAACGGAGGUCUCUGAGCAGCGAUAUCUUCCCUGGCGACGAGGAAGAUGGGAGGAGAAAGAAAGAAAGGAGCGACGAAACGAAGAGGAUGUCGAUUCCUUGAUAACACGGAGCGGGGGUGGGUUGCAAGGCGACAGUGUGCGAAUGUGUGUGGUGAGUAGUGUGCGUGUGUGCGAGGCGCGUUGGAUGGUUGGAUGGUUCACGAUGGAGUUUGGGGGUGUUGGACGGGAACGCAUGACUGGACUUGGCUGAGAGUGAUAGACAGAGGAGAACGGGUCAAGUUGGCAGCAGGCGAU